AUGGUUCUCCUGGCCCUCAACUUCAUCGGCGCUGCCUGUGCAUCGACAAUCGUCCGGAGAGCAGAGGUUGCGUCCAGUGGCGUGAUCGGGCUGCAGCCAGCGGACAAUUCAAUGCCAGGGUCGGACAAUGGCUCAUCGGUCAUCUUGAACAAGGUGGACACUUGUCAGCGGAGGUCGGACGACGAGUGCGAGAAAGGCUCAAGCUCGGAAUCAGAGGCAAAGCGCAUUGCUGUCUACACCUACGUGACCGGAGCAUAUGAGGAGAUCCGCGACUUCAGCGUGCCGUGUGUGCCAAGCGGAGUAGAUGCCUUCUUCAUUCUGGACGACGCGACAAGGAAGUCGACCAGCAAUGAGAAGCUGGAGGUUUGGCGGAAGCGUGGUUGGUGGAUUCUCACCAUGAUGCCAACAAUGGAAGGUACGAGUGAGGUACCCUUAGCCCGCUAUGCCGCAAAGUCUUUGAAAUUCUCACCACCCUCAUGGCUGCUAAACGGCACAUGGGACUGGCUGGUGGAGUUCGAUGGCGACAUCUCCCUCAAUAUGGCAGGUCUGCGGCCACUGGUGGACACACACAGCGACAAAGCAUUGGUCCUCCUGAAGUGGUACUGGAAGGAAUGUCAGCCGUGGGACUGCUUCAUGUGGGAGUGUGACGAUAUGCUCCAAAACCGGAAGGAAUAUGUGGAGACCUCGUACCAGCGCAUUGUCAAGUGGAAGGAGCAAAUGCAGAAGCUUCAUGAUGACCCAAAGCAUCCCUUUGUCCCGGCUGACUACUAUGAGCUGAGCGUGAUGUUCCGCAACGUGGCGCAUGCAAGGGCGGGCGAGGUUGAGGACACGUUCCGGAAGGUGUUGCAUCAGUGCCGCACUAUCCAGCGAGACCAGUUUCUGAUGCCCUUCUUUCUGUGGAACUCGUCGUUGCAGCAGGACGUGGCUGCAAUCCCCAUUGCGACUUUGUAUUCAGAUUUGCAUUUCUGCCGCGUCGACACAAGAAGAGUCAGAAACCUGCUGGCAGAUCGGGAUGUUCACGCCAGCAGCGACGUAAACGUCACGGAGUGGCGAGACUUUGAAGCUGACAAAUUCGAUGCGUGGCCAGAUGAGCUUUUUCGGGAGAUUGACCUUGAACCACCACGGAGUACCGACCAGCGGGACUAG